UACGUCAAGAAGUGCCAGGACAUGAUCAUGACCGAGCUCACCAACGCCGGGGAUGACGUGGUGGUUUUCUACAACGACAAGGCUUCGCUGGCCACCCUGCUGGAGAUGAUGACAGCAGCCAGGGAUGGGGUGGAGGAGAACAGCCCGUUGAUGUACCACAUCUCACUGGUGGACCUGCUGGCUGCCUGCGCCGAGGGCAAGAACGUCUACACUGAGAUCAAGUGCACGUCCCUGCUGCCCUUGGAGGACGUGGUGCGGGUGGUGACACACGAGGACUGCAUCACGGAGGUGAAGAUGGCCUAUGUCAACUUUGUCAACCACUGCUACGUGGACACGGAGGUGGAGAUGAAGGAGAUCUACACCAGCAACCACAUCUGGACCCUCUUUGAGAACUUCACCCUGGACAUGGCCCAGAUGUGCAAGAAGCGAGAGAAACGCUUGCCAGACCCUACCCUGGAGAAGUACGUGCUGACGGUGGUGCUGGACACCAUCAACGCGUUCUUCAGCUCCCCCUUCUCGGAGAACAGCACCUCCCUGCAGACCCACCAGACCAUUGUGGUGCAGCUUCUGCAGUCCACCACGAGGCUCCUGGAGUGUUCCUGGCUGCAGCAGCAGCACAAGAGCUCGGUGGAAACCUGCAUCCGCACGCUGGCCAUGGUCGCUAAGAGCCGCUCCAUCGCACUGCCCAUGGACCUGGACGCCCAUGUCAGCUCCCUGCUCAACAGCAGCUCCACCAACACGGUGCAGAGGAACACAUCCAGCUACAAGACGGCCACACGGACCUUCCCCCGUGUCUCCACCACCCCCAACCAGUGGGACUACAAGAACAUCAUAGAGAAGCUGCAGGACAUCAUCGGUGCCCUGGAGGAUCGCCUGAAGCCGCUGGUGGAGGCUGAGCUGUCUGUGCUGGUGGAUGUCCUCCACAGGCCAGAGCUGCUCUUCAUGGAGGGCACGGAGACGUUCCAGCGGUGCGAGAGCGGAGGGUUCCUCUCCAAGCUGGUGCAGCACACUAAGGACCUCAUGGAGACAGAGGAGAAGCUGUGCAUCAAGGUGCUGAAGACACUGCAGCAGAUGCUGGUGAAGAGGAACAGAUACGGCGAGAGGGGCAACCUGCUGCGGAAAAUGCUCCUGAACAAUUACCUGCAGAACAAGAAGUCCAGCUCCAAAGGGGAAAUCGUGGAUGCUGCUGGGGGAGGCCAAGACCAGGACUGGUCAGCUAUCGCUGCGGUCCAGUGCCGGCUGGACCGAGAAGGAGCCACCAAGCUGGUGGCUGACCUCAUUAUGAACACCAAGAACGAGAAGAUCUUCCAGGAGAGCAUCCUGCUCGCCAUCCGGCUGCUGGACGGGGGCAACACCGAGAUCCAGAAAUCCUUUUACAACCUCAUGACGAGCGACAAGAAGUCCGAGAAGUUCUUCAAGGUUCUACACGACCGGAUGAAGAAGGCUCAGCAGGAGACCAAGUCUACGGUGUCUGUGAACAUGAGUGACAUUGGGAACAAGCCCCGUGAGGACAAAGAUGAGCCUGACCCUGGCACCAAAGGACGAGGAGACACCUUCCUGAUGCCCGGCACCCCCACCCGAUUCCCCGUGGCCAUGGGCUUUCGGAAGGGCCACGACACGGGGGAGCAGGGGCAGAACAACGAGAUGGGGGUGACGGUGCUGAUCAUGGAGCACAUCCUGCGCUUCCUGCAGCUGCUCUGCGAGAACCACAACCGGGACCUGCAGAACUUCCUCCGGUGCCAGAACAACAAGACCAACUACAACCUGGUGUGUGAGACGCUGCAGUUCCUCGACAUCAUGUGUGGCAGCACCACGGGGGGCCUGGGGCUCCUGGGGCUCUACAUCAACGAGUACAACGUGGCCCUCAUCACCCAGACCCUGGAGACCCUCACCGAGUACUGCCAAGGGCCCUGCCACGAGAACCAGAGCUGCAUCGUGACUCACGAGUCCAACGGGAUCGACAUCAUCACAGCCCUCAUCCUCAACGACAUCAGCCCCCUCUGCAAGUACAGGAUGGACCUGGUCCUGCAGCUGAAGGACAAUGCCUCCAAGCUCCUCUUGGCCCUCAUGGAGAGCAGACACGACAGUGAAAACGCCGAGCGGAUCCUCAUCAGCCUCCGCCCGCAGGAGCUGGUCGAUGUGAUUAAGAAGGCCUAUCUGCAGGAGGAGGAGUGUGAAAACGCCGAGGUGUCCCCCAGGGAAGUUGGACACAACAUUUAUAUCCUGGCACUGCAGCUGUCCCGACACAACAAGUCUCUGCAACAGCUCCUGAAGCCUGUGAAACGAAUCCAGGAGGAAGAAGAGGAGGGGAUCUCAUCCAUGCUCAGCCUGAACAACAAGCAGCUGACGCAGAUGCUGAAGUCCACGGCCCCGGUCCAGGAGGAAGAGGAGGACCCACUGGCUUAUUAUGAGAAACACACAUCCCAAAUUGAGAUCGUGCGCCUGGACCGAAGCAUGGAGCAGAUCAUCUUCCCCGUGCCUGGCAUCUGUGAGUUCCUCACCAAGGAGACCAAGUACAGGCUCUUCACCACCACGGAGCAGGACGAGCAGGGCAGCAAAGUCAGUGACUUCUUCGACCAGUCGUCCUUCCUCCACAACGAGAUGGAAUGGCAGAAGAAGCUGCGCAGCAUGCCGCUGAUGUACUGGUUCUCCCGCAGAAUGACACUCUGGGGCAGCAUUUCCUUCAACCUGGCUGUCUUCAUAAACAUAAUCAUUGCUUUCUUCUACCCCUACGUUGAAGCCACUUCCAUGGGAGUGCUGGAUUCCCCCCUGAUCUCGCUGCUCUUCUGGAUUCUGAUCUGCUUCUCCAUCAUGGCCUUGUUCACCAAGCGCUACGGCGUCAGGCCUCUGCUGGUGGCACUCAUCCUGAGAUCCAUCUAUUACCUGGGGAUUGGACUCACCCUGAACAUCCUCGGAGCUCUCAAUCUGACCAACAAGAUUGUGUUUGUGGUGAGCUUCGUGGGCAACCGUGGGACCUUCAUCCGAGGCUACAAGGCCAUGAUCAUGGACGUGGAAUUUCUCUACCACGUUGGCUACAUCGUGACGAGCGUCCUGGGGCUCUUUGUGCAUGAACUCUUCUACAGCAUCCUGCUGUUUGACCUGAUCUACCGUGAGGAGACCUUGUUCAAUGUCAUCAAAAGCGUGACACGGAACGGGCGCUCCAUCCUGCUGACGGCUCUCCUGGCCCUCAUCCUUGUCUACCUCUUCUCCAUCGUGGGCUUCCUGUUCCUGAAGGAUGACUUCAUCCUGGAGGUGGACCGGCUGCCAGACAGCAAAGCCAAAGAUGACCCCUUGGGGAUGCAAAGGAACAUGGAGACCUUCAUGGAGUCAUGCAGCGGUGACAAAAUCAGCUGCUCUGCUGUGCCCACUGCCUUGGAAGACCCAGAGGCUGACCAGCGGGAACGUGCCUGUGACACGCUGCUCAUGUGCAUCGUCACCGUCCUGAACCACGGCCUGAGGAACGGAGGGGGCGUGGGGGACAUCCUGAGGAAGCCUUCCAAGGAUGAGUCCUUGUUUCCUGCUCGGGUUGUCUACGACCUCCUCUUCUUCUUUAUUGUCAUUAUUAUCGUCCUCAACCUCAUCUUUGGGGUCAUUAUUGACACCUUUGCUGAUCUGAGGAGUGAGAAGCAGAAGAAGGAAGAGAUACUGAAGACCACCUGCUUCAUAUGUGGACUUGAAAGGGACAAGUUUGACAACAAGACAGUGUCCUUCGAGGAGCACAUUAAAUAUGAGCACAACAUGUGGAACUACCUGUACUUCAUCGUGCUGGUGCGAGUGAAGAACAAGACGGACUACACGGGGCCGGAGAGUUACGUGGCACAGAUGAUAAAGAACAAGAACCUGGACUGGUUCCCCCGGAUGCGAGCCAGGUCUCUGGUCAGCAAUGAAGGGGAAGGGGAGCAGAACGAGAUCCGAAAUCUUCAAGACAAACUCAACACUACGAUGAAGCUGGUGUCCCAUCUCACCUCCCAGCUCAACGAGCUGAAGGAACAGAUGACAGAGCAACGGAAGCGCAGACAAAGGAUGGGGUUUGUGGAUGUCCAAAAUACCAUGAACCACUGA